UAUAUAGUUAUAUACACACAAUCUAUGCAAUCCUAAUUCACUUGUGAGUGGUGACUUGAUUGUCAAGUAAAGUCCUACAACCAUGAGAAGGAACCAAAACCAGUUUUUGACUUCAAAGUUUUCCCCUUCACAUCACCACAAUCGAGGAAGAUCACCACAACCCCGCCCCAAAUUGAAACCCCUCUAUGUCCCCAAAUCCGAACUUGUUCCCCCUCCUCCUCCUUCCAACUCUGUGCCGGCAGAACAAGCUGCCCCUGAUGAUGACCGUUUUGGAAAACUUCACCUCAGAUGAAAUUGAAAAACCUGAACUGAACAGUAGCAACGUUGUCGAGCAACAUGGCGUGGCUAGUUCAAGCGGGACUAAGGAAGAGGAUGAUGAUAAUGAUAUCAUGGGUCGGCUUGAUAAGUUACUCAGUAAAAUUGAAGAACCUGGAGAAUUGUCCGAGGAGCAGACCACAAUCAAUGACCAAUUGCAGCAAGAUGAGUUGCUUGUGCUGGAGUCAAUUUAUGGAGAAAACUUUGUCACCCUCGAGAGUUGGAAAGGCCUUCGUUGCUUGCAGAUACACAUAUGCAUUGAUGUUUUGGAUGAAAUUGCAAUUACAGCUAAGCUGAACUCUUCUGAUGAACUUGAGACUUUAAGCAGCAAUUCAGAUGACUUCUUGUACUCUUUCAAAGUUCAGUAUCUUCCACCAAUUGUUUUGACAUGUUUAUUACCUAAGUCAUACCCAAGCCACCAACCACCUAUAUUUACAAUCUCUGUCAAGUGGUUGGAACCCAUAAAGAUUUUGAAUCUAUGUUCUGAGUUGGAUUCAAUAUGGGAAGAACAGCAAGGGCAGGAAGUAAUUUACCAUUGGGUAGAAUCAAUACAUGGUUCUUCUCUUUCUCGUCUGGGAUUUGAUAAGGAGAUUACACUAGGUCCUUAUGGCGUCAAUCGUGUUGAAGACAAGCGGGUGGUUUCAGAGACCGAAGGCAUUGAUGUUGAUAUUCCUUUUUUACGAAAUUAUAACAAUGAGAAACAACAUGAGAACUUCCUCAAAGAAUUGCAUGAAUGUUGCAUUUGCUAUAGUGAAUAUCCAGGUACUGAGUUUGUCCAGUUACCAUGCAAGCAUUUCUUUUGCCGCAAAUGUUUGCAGACCUUUACCCAGAUACAUGUAAAAGAAGGCACUAUUUCUAGUCUUCAAUGUCUUGAUACAAAAUGUAAGGUUAUGAUUCCACCUGGCCUUUUAAAGCACCUGCUGGCUGAUGAAGAUUAUGACCGCUGGGAAUCCAUGAUGUUGGAGAAAACACUUGCGUCAAUGUCUGAUGUUGUUUAUUGCCCAAGGUGUGAAACACGUUGUAUAGAAGAUGAAGACAAGCAUGCUCAAUGCCCUGAAUGCUUUUUUAGCUUUUGUACCCUUUGCAGAGAUCGACGGCAUGUUGGCAUAGCUUGCAUGACCCUGGAGAUGAAACUUCAGAUUUUACGAGACCGUAAAAAAUCAUCUGAACUGAUGGAAGAUCAAAAGCGUAAGGAACUUGAAAUUAUCAAUGAAAUGCUCAGUAUGAAAGAAGUUCAGCGCGAUUCUCAGCCGUGCCCUUCUUGUCACAUGGCAAUUUCACGAAUUGAAGGUUGCAACAAAAUGAUAUGCGGUAAUUGUGGACAGUACUUCUGCUACCGCUGCAACAAAGCGCUUGAUAAAUUAAAUCCAUAUGAUCAUUACGGGGAUUUUUCAUGUGACUUGUUCGCACCAAAAGCACCGAUUCCCACCUGGGAAGUGCGCUUGAAUCAUCGCCAGGCAGCAGCACAAAUACGGGCUGAACUCCAUCAACAUGGUGCAGCAUGUCCUAAUUGUCGCCAAUUUAAUGCAAAGAUUGAAAAUAACAAUCACAUGUUUUGCUGGGCAUGCCAAAGCCAUUACUGUUACUUAUGCAAAGAGGUUGUCAGGCGCUACACUGACCACUAUGGUCCGAAAGGCUGCAAACAGCACACUGAGGGAUAGUAUAUGCCCGUUUGGAUAUGGACCAAAUAACAUUUAUUAUUGGAGCUUAUCUAGUAUUCUUUUGAUUACAUAAGCUCCAAUAAAUGCUCUUUAAUCUAUAUUCAAACGGGCUCGAAUAGGAAUAAGGUCGGUUGCAACUACAAUCAAAUAGAAGAGGAAGAUAAUCAAUGAGGUUUUUGAUGUACAACACUUAUCAGACUAUAAAUAUUUCACUGAAUUAUUCUUUUUGAUUGAAGUCAUUCUCUACCUUUAA